AAUAACGGAAUAAGCCUCCCUACUUUUUAGUAAUUGCUUCUUCCCAUCCUCUUCUUUGAUCGGCUGGAGUUCCAUCGGCAGCUGCGACGGAUCUGGGGGGAGGGGGGGCAAAUCCGGGCCUCCCAUCUCCGAUUUGGGUACCUAAUGCUAUUUCGCCGGAAUUCCGCCGGGGGGCACUUGCCCGGGCAUGCCCCCCUCUCCACCGCCCCUGGUUUCCUCACCCUACUGGAGUUCUUGGUCUGGGUCAUAUUCAAAUUGAAUGUCAGUUCCGGGGCAUGGAUGUUCAUCAACUGCAUAUGGAUUGGGUGAGGAAGUUGGGCCUUUCUAUGUUGAGAAAGAUGGGAAGAUCAUGUACUGGAAUCCUUACUUUUGGAACUUAGGUUUGCAGGCGCCCGGGAGAUACCAAAGUCUGACCGAACUUGACAUCACUGUCCCCGAUAAUUUGACUGGGUGGAUGUUAGGGGUCAGACCGGCUUUAGAUAGGCAGGUUUCUUCAAACGAAACCAGCAGUGCCGCCCUCACUCUUGGCUAUGAACAAGUGGCAACUGUGCGCCCUGGUAGAAUAUCCAAGACUUGGUCUGCCCCUUGCUUUGCCCAGAACGCUGCUCGAUUAGAAAUAUCUAUAAUUUCCGGGACAAGCAUUGGCUCGGUUUACAUCAUGCCACACAAUGGAAAAUGUUGGAGUUGCCGAGAUGAUUACCAGAUAAGGUUGGGGGAUGAAAUAAUGUCAACCGGCAGUGUUUAUUUUGGUGCUGUGGAAGCUCCUUUCUUGUUCGCCUACAUGACUACGGAUCAAAGGGAAAGAAUCCAGAAAGAAGGAAUGAAGAUUUUCGUGGAUAAGAAUGCAGCUUGUAAUGGUGUUUCGAGGAAGACAAUGAAGAAUCCAUUUGGAGAUAUGGAAUUUGUUGCAAUGAAUUGAAACACGAUAAUAUGCUGGAUUAAGCCUUGAUUGUUUGAUGCAUUAUUAUAAUAUUACAAUAAAAAAGCAAUACCUUUAUC